CAGACAAAGAGUAUCAAACCAGAUGGUAACUGCUUUUUCAGAUCACUGGCAUAUGCGAUUUGUGGAAGUGAGGACAAACAUUUGAAGAUUCGCCGUGCAGUUGUCAAACACCUGAAAAUGAACGCUUCAAUAUUUGAGAGGUAUGUGAGAAGUGAGUAUACUUCAGUAGAGGACUACUUGAUACAAUCUAGAGUCUAUUAUUCUGGGUCAUGGGUCACUGAAAUUGACAUCUUUGCUUCUGCUGAUCUAUUUAAAACAACAAUAAUGACUUUUAAUGAUGGCCGGUGGAAUGCACACAAACCUACUGGAGAGGUAAUUGUAAACAAUGCAAUAUAUUUGAAAAACUGUAAUGGUAAUCAUUAUGAAGUUGUGACAUGUGUCAAGCACAGAGAUCAAGACAUUUGCGCAGCAAAGUGUGGGAAUGCUACUUCAAAUGAGGUGAGAAUGCUAUGUCUGCGUAAAAGGAAGGUAAGUGACGCUGCAGAAUGUGACCAAGAGACCAAGAGACAGAAACAAUGGAAGUAUGAGAAGUCCAAGUAUGAUAGUGACAUUGAUUUCAGACAGAAUAAAAUUGCCCAUGCCAAAACAAAAUACCGUGAUGUUCAGUUUCAGAAACAUGUUUGCCAGUAUUCUCAGAUGAAAUAUAAAAAUAAUGUCUCAUUUCAGGCAACUGUACGUGAGUAUUCCAAGAAGAAAUAUCUUCAAAACCUGGCCUUUAACACAAGAGUGCGUGAGUAUUCCAAGAAGAAAUAUCUUCAAAACCUGGACUUUAAAGUAAGAGUGCGUGAGUAUUCUAAGACAAAAUAUCACAAAGAUGUAAACUUUCAUUUCAGUAAAAUACAAAAAGGCUGUGAGGUAUAUGCAAAAAAAAGGGAAAAACAGAAAGACAUUGGUGUUGCCAUUGCUGGUUUUCGUCAAGAAGUGAGUAGAGGUCCAGAGUUUGUGUGCUGUGUUUGUCACCGUUUACUUUUCAGAAAGCAGGUUACUGAAUGCAAACCAGAAUGCUAUGAAGACAAAGGAGACAAAAUUGCUGCUUUGGCAAGAAGAUGCAUCACCCUGAGGUAUGUGCAUGUUUGUGAUGAAAAAUGUCAUAAUACUUCUGGUUUUUCUCCAAGGUGCAAAUUGUGGAUUUGUCCAACCUGUCAUCGAAAAAUUAUCAGUGGAAAACUGCCUGAAGAGAGUGUUGCUAACAAUAUGCAUUUGGUGGACAUUCCAAAUCAACUAAAGUGUCUUAACUCUUUGGAACAACAUCUUGUGGCACGUAAUAUUCCUUUUUUGAAGUUACUCUGUCUUCCCCGUGGAAAACAAAAUGGCUGCCAUGGACCGGUGGUGUGUGUUCCUGUAAAUACUGCAGAUGUGUCAAAUAUUCUUCCACGAAAUGAAUGUGAUGACAAGAUGAUAAGGAUAAAACUGAAGCGCAAGUUAACCUACAAAGGGCAUUAUGAGUACAAGCAUGUUUACACUGAUCGUGUUAGAAAUGCUCUGCGACGUUUGAUCAGGUGCAAUAAAUGGUACAAGGAUGUGGAGAUUAAUGAACAAUGGAUCAACUCUUUGAAUGAACCAGAAGAGAAUGUUGCUGAAGAAAUGGAGGAACAAGCUGACGUUGAAAAGAGUGAAGAGGAAAAUGAUACUGAAGAACAGCCAGAGGAAGACUUGACUUACAUCAAAGAGCAGAGUGGUCUUUUGUCAGACACAUGUUUACAACCUGUCGAUCUUGGUUCAGAAGUAAUUGAUCAGCACUUUCAAGAUGUAUUAAAUGUGGCACCAGCUGAAGGUAACAGUCCUGUUAAAUUAUUGUCUGAUAAAAGCAAUGAAGCAAAAUGUUUUCCUGUUCUCUUUCCAACUGGUGGUCCAACAUUCCAUGAUGAGAGAGAAAGAAAGAUCACACUGUCACGAUACUUGAAUGCAAGAAUCCUCAACGCAGAUGGACGUUUUGCACGGAGUACAGACUUUAUUUUCUAUGCACAAUACAUGUCGGAGUUGGAUCAAAUUGUAUCUAAUGUUUCUAUUGCUUUGCGAAAAGGGUCGGACAAGAGGUUGUUGCAAGGAGUAACCUCGGAUAUGCUGACAAACCCAGAGUCGUUAGCUAAAAUAUUGAAUUAUGAUGAAGGAUACAAAUUUUUGAGACCAGUCCGUGGAACGCCACCCUAUUGGCAAUCGACUCAAAAAGACCUUUUUGCUCUCAUAAGACAACUAGGUAUUCCAACUUUCUUUGCAUCCUUUAGCUCUGCUGAUCUCAGAUGGCCUGAAAUGAUCAACACCAUCCUGGAGCAAGAACAGAAAAAUGUCAGUGUUGAUGAGCUUGACUGGUCUGAGAAAUGUGGACUAAUUCGACGAAACCCAGUCACUGCUGCAAGGAUGUUUGAUUAUAGAUGGCAUUGUUUUUUGAAGGAUGUCAUUAUGUCACCUGCUCAACCUAUUGGAAAGAUCAAAGACUACUUCUAUCGUGUAGAGUUUCAACAGCGUGGAUCUCCUCAUGUUCAUUGUCUGUUUUGGGUUGAAAAUGCUCCAAAGUUAAAUGAAGACAACGAAGACAGUGAUGCUUUGGUUGCUGCUUUCAUAGAUCAUUAUAUCACUUGUGAGACACCAGGAGAUGAUGACGCAGAACUUUAUGAGACUGUGAACAGUGUUCAAAAGCACAGCAGAAGACAUUCCAAGACAUGCCGGAAGAAAAACACAGUGUGUAGAUUUAAUUUUCCACGGCCUCCAUCUAGCCGCACCUUUAUAACAAGAGCUAUACGAGAUGACUUGAAAGGCAAUGAUGGAAAUGAGACUGCAAGUGCAAUUCUGAAGAAAAUCAAAACUGCGUUAACAGAAUCUGAAGUCAAUUUUGAUUCAACAGAUGCCUUUUUCCAAUCCAUUGGAAUUAAUCAAGCUGUGUUUGAGAAGGCGUACAAGAAAUGUUCUAAAAAGAAAAGUGUCGUCUUGAAACGAAGUCCAAAAGAUGUUUGGGUAAAUCAAUAUAACCCUCAUUUAUUGCGUGCAUGGCAAGGCAACAUGGAUAUCCAGUAUGUAACAGAUGCUUACUCUGUAGUGGUUUAUAUUAUUAGUUACAUCACAAAAGCAGAACAAGAAAUGGGACUGUUGUUGCAACGUGCACAAAAUGAAGCUAUGAAUGGAAAUCUUGAAGCAAGAUCAUCAUUAAAAAUGUUGGGAAGUGUAUAUCUACACAACAGAGAAGUUUCAGCACAAGAGGCAGUGUAUCGCCUAACAGGUAUGCACUUGAAAGAAUGCUCUCGCAAAGUCCAGUUUAUUCCAAUUGGAACUGAUCCUGUGAAGAUGAGUUUGCCUUUGCGUGUUCUCCAAAACAAAGAUGACCAUUGUGGUGAAGAGAAUUUUUGGAUGAAUAGUUUGGUUGACCGAUACAAGAGUAGACCAAAAACAGAACAUUUUGAGAUUCUGUGUCUGGGCAGUUUUUGUUCAGAAUACAGGAUAUUGUCAACAUCUGAGCUAUCUUCACAAAACAAAGAAAAUGUGAUCAAGCUUGACAACAAUUGUGGUUAUAUGAUAAGAAGAACUCGAACUGAACCUGCAGUAAUAAGGUAUCCAAGAUUUUCACCAACAAAAGAUCCUGAGAAGUACUAUCAUUCACUGCUACAACUUUUUUUACCACAUUAUGAAGAUUACCAGCUGAAGCCUGAGAAGUUCCACACUUAUGAGGAUUUCUACAACAAUGGUGCUGUGAAAUGCGGAAGUAAUGUGACUGAAGUAAAAUCUAUUGUUGAUUCUAAUCGAGCACUGUUUGAAAAGGACAGCGAUGAAAUGGACCGAGCUCAACAGGUUUUGGAGCUGGGUGUUGAUUUGGAAGAUGCUUGGGCUGCAUUGUGUCCUGAAACAGAGAAGGAGCGCCAUGAAUGUAUCGAGCUAAAGAAGAAUAACGUACUUCCUGAAGAAGAUGAUUCUGACACACUUAUUCCAGAUCUUGUAGCGAACCCUCGAAUUGCAUUCACAAUUGAGAACAGUAAUGCUGCAAUGUCUCGAGAUGAAGCAUUGGGUUUACUAAGAUCAUUAAAUGCUAAACAGUCUGCAAUAUUUUACAAAGUUCGCGACUGGUGUUUACAAAAACUGCAUGGAGAAAAUCCUGAACCGUUUCGCUUGUUUGUUACUGGUGGAGCAGGCACAGGAAAAAGCCAUUUAAUCAAAGCAAUAUGCUAUGAAUCUUCUAGACUCUUGUCUCAGCUGUCUGACAACCCUGAUGAGCGGAGUGUGAUUUUAUGUGCAUCAACUGGAGUAGCUGCAUACAACAUUGGCGCUGCUACCAUACACCACACUUUUUCAAUUGGUGCUAAUGUCAAACUGCCAUAUCAACCACUAAGUGAUGACAAAAUCAAUUCUCUGCGUUCCAAACUUGGAUGUUUGCAGAUUUUGAUUAUUGAUGAAGUAUCCAUGGUUGACCAUCACCUUUUGUCAUAUGUUCAUGGGAGAUUGAGACAAAUCAAACAAACUGGUGAUUACUCCCUCUUUGGAAAAGUAAGUCUUGUAGCUGUAGGAGAUUUUUAUCAGCUGCCGCCUGUCAAAGGAACUCCACUCUAUGCUGAUACAAAAGGAGUGAACCUUUGGGAAAACCACUUUGAAAUUGCUGAAUUAACUGAAGUUGUUCGGCAACAAGAUGUAACUUUUGCUGAAACCUUAAAUCGUCUGAGAGUUCGUAAAAAGAAUGAACCUCUAAGCUCAGGUGACAUCAACAUGUUGAAGCAACGUGAAACAGGAGAAGAAUGCGGUGAUGUUCAUAUAUUUCCUACAAAUAAAGAGGUUGAUGAAUACAAUAUUCAGAGACUAAAUGAGGUUUGUCCUGAGGCAAUCAGUAUUCGAGCUCAAGACUUUGAGAGAAAUCCAAAAACUGGAAGGAUAGAAAAAAAAGUUGGAUUUCAUUUAACCGUUUUCAACUCCUGUUUGGCUAAAUGUGUUUCCUUGGGUGUUGGAGCAAGAGUUAUGUUAAAGAAAAAUAUUAAUGUUUCGGAUGGACUUGUGAAUGGAGCCUUUGGUACAGUUGUCCAUAUUAGCAGAAGUCAAAAACAGGACGACGAUGAUUAUGAUGAUGACUUUCCAUCAGCCAUUCAUGUGGAAUUUGAUGAUCCAAAUGUGGGAAAAAUUCAGAGAUCAAACCAACGACAUAGAUUUUCCCAAAAUUCUACAGUAAUUGAAGUUCAAGAAGAUCAAGUCACAACCAACGGUGGAUUAAGGCGCCAAUUUCCACUUAGACUGGCAUGGGCAUGCACUGUUCACAAAGUCCAAGGGCUCACAGUAGAUAAAGCUGUCGUAUCCCUUGACAAGAUCUUUACUUCAGGACAAGCAUAUGUUGCAUUGAGUCGUGUGAGAACUCUCAAUGGACUAAUUAUUCAAAACUUCAAGGAGUCUGUAAUAUACUGUAAUGAUCAAAUUGACUUGGCAAUGAAAAAUAUACCAAAAUUUCCAUUAGAAAGUCACACUUUCUCAAAGACACCUGGUAUAUUUACAAUUGCUCUUCAGAAUGUGCAAAGUCUUCAAGCUCAUGUUCAAGAUAUUCAAGCUCACAGACAACUUAUGAAUGCAGAUUGUAUUUGUUUAACUGAAACAUGGCUAAAAGUUGAAGACCAAGUACAAAUACCAGGAUUUAUUUUCAAGCAUAAUCCAAGAGCUAAGUGCUAUGACAACAGCACUCCCCUUUUCAGUAAUUUAAAACAACAGCGAGGAGGUGGGGUUGCUAUCUACUGUUGUGAAAACAUGUUUUUUAAAGUCAUCAUUCCAGAACCUUGCAAUUUGGAAUGUUUGUACUUCUCAGUUCCACAUAUCAGUUUGAAUGCUGCUCUGCUGUACAGGCCUAAUUCAUAUCAAAUUGAUGUGUUUCGACAAAAUCUGUUACAUGUCAUUACUGAGCUGGAAAAACAUCCAGGAAAGAAAGUAAUUAUGGGAGACUUCAAUGAGGACAUCUUAACAUCAUCUUCAAUUGGGACACUAAUGGAAGUCCAUGGAUACAGUCAACAUGUGCAAUGUCCUACAACUGAAAAGGGUACGUUAAUAGACCAUGUCUAUAUUAAAGAUGCAGAAAAUGUUACAAUUGAAAUUGUUUCAACUUACUAUAGUUACCAUGAAGCAAUACUAGUUUCAGUAAGGUAAUUGACAUUUCUGACACAUAAUGAAGACUGUAUAACUGCAUUUUUCUUUUCUGUGCCCCUACCCUGCUACAAUUAAUCUGAGAUUGAGGUCCAUGAAGGUCUGUUCAA